AUGCCCGAUCGCGUCAUAGCUGAUCACUAUAAUGAAUUGCACCGGUGCUGGAAAUUGUUGGCCUACUGGGCACCGGAUGAUAGUACUAAUAAGACUAUACUAUCGUUACCGGAAAAUAUGGGAAUUCCUAUAAAUGGCCAAAAUUCAGAUGAAAAAUAUUUGUUAUUUGAAAUAAAUUACAAGAAUUUGCAUCAAAUCAAAAGUCAAUUCAGUGAUACCACUGGUUUUGAUCUUUAUUUAAAGCAACAAAACGGUGACAUCGACGCCGAUAUAGUGGCCAUCGGGUCAGUACCCGAUUACAGAUUUUUUGUACCACCAAAACUCAGACAUUGGAUGACUACUGGAAAUUGUUAUAAGGAUUGCAUACAAAAUCACUUGUAUGACCAGUCGUUGAAUGUGUUGGGUAUAGUACACCACUCGAGGCACCGGUUGCUUAAAGAUUUGAAUGUUGGAGUCGGUAAUAAUCAUAACAAUAAACAAAUGAUUAAAACAUUGAUUAAAUCAUCAGCCGGUAGCAGUGCACCGGUAGAUGAUAAUCAAUUGACUAAUGGUUAUAAUGAACUCAAUGUAAACUUUGAAAACAACGAUAAACUGAUAGUUAAAUGUGAAUUUAAUUCAGUCAAUGAAACACAUACUGUAUUGGGCGGCAUAUCUGAUGAUAAGGUACAGUGUAUAGCAUGGCUGGUGUAUUAUCCUCGUAUAGAAGAUUUCAAUGUAUGUCUGUCCAGUUUUACAUUGACCACAAUUAUGUCCAUCACUGGCAUUGAACAGUUAGAAGAAAGCUGGAGCAAUGGAAAUGAUUUUGACAUAACUGUAAUGUCAAGCAAUAAUAGCACCCGACUUGACGAUUACUUGUCCAACAAAAUUGAUUGGGACUAUAAGCUAAUCAAUCGAUCUAAAUAUGCUGCACAGUAUGCCAAACAAUCAGCCCAGUGCUCGUGGAACAGGAGCUUUUUAGAUCUAAUUAUUUAA